AUGUAUCGCCAAGAGGACCUGAGCAAGCUCAAAGUAUCCGAUCUCAAAGGUAUAUGCAAACAGCUUAAAGCUCUCAACUAUUCCAAACUCGCUAAAACCGCACUGAUACAACUGAUCCUCGACACCUCUAAAACAAGUACUAACCCUCCCAUCAAACCCUCACUGACCUCGUCCGAACCUAUCAUUUCUCAUCGCGAAACACUUCCGAUUGACGGAAACGACAAAUACUCAAACCUAACCAACAAGAGAAGAAAGGUUGGCACAUCCUCCAAACCAGAUACGAACACGACUGAUACCGAACUAAGCACAUGUCACACAUCCGCAGCUCUUCAGAACGGAGUCAAGGCUUCGAAACUCAAUGUUUCCUACUUAGAGUCCGGAGAUGAACAAAAUUCCAAUGGCACAACGAACACUCGGAACUCUCAAGAGUCGCUCAAAACCUCAAAGAUCCAUUCUCAAGGUAAGUUCCGGGCACCUUUGGCCGUGAUCAAGAAAACACCCACUACAAUCAAUGCAGCGUCUCAGAGUUUGAUACAUCCCUCGAGGCCAGCUGAACUGUUCAUGUCCAGCUUGAAUCCACUAGAUUUCCUGCGCAAUCAUUUUCUGAAUGCUCUAUUCGUCGAUCUCAAUGCUGCUCGUGAGAUCCCUACCCUCACUACGCCAUCUCCAACACUCCUUCGAGAUACAACCACCGCCGUAAAAUCAUACCAGGAUCUCGCAUUCCCAGGCUUUGGACCGGCUAUGUUCAGCAAAAACGUCUCGAUUGAAGGAUUUAUGGUUGCCAUUCGUUUCUGGCUGUCAAGACUUCACACCCUUUCACAAUUGGGAUCUACAGAAUCUUGGAGUGUUCACGGUCACGGACAGGGUAUUCUUGGUCCAGAUCUAUCCAAAUGGCCUAUGGUACUUAGCUGCAAGAAGAUCUCGGAGGACGUCUGGUUGAUCGAGACGGGUAAUAUUGAGAUCAACUCUGAAGAUAGGUCAAAUAUUCCGAACAAAUUUCUCACUUUAGGGAUCAAUGGCGAUGUCCUCUCCUCGAACCUGGAUAAAUACGAAGGCGGAUCGAUUCAUGGCUGUCCAGUCCGACAUGACUGGUACAAGUACAUCGUUUCUGACCAACCUUCCACUCCGGGCAUCUCGUAUUUACUUGAUCACGUAAAGACCAAAGAUCUCUCGCAUCAUCCCCAUGGCAUCUCUCGAGCAUGGAAAGAAAGGGUAGAGGCACGAGGGAAUGCCGGUGAAUUGAUUCAGAUCGCAAAUCGAGCUGUGUUAGCUAGUUGUGCACUGAAUAGCUUUAGCGGAAGCAAGCUGUCAGCUACGGAGAUGGAUGCUCAUACCUCGGGCUAUCAAACGAUAUCAAGGGGAAAUAAUUCGUCUGCUGUUGAACUGUAUUUGCCAGAAUCAUCUCAAGUUCUGUCGGUUCAUGUCGACAAACCACCCUAUCACCCUGCACUCGCUUCGGUUCAUCGACAUAGUGGUAUUACGGACUUUGUCCUCGCAGAGACUGGUCAAGUUGUGGGGAAUGAGGAUGAAGGUGUUUCGAGUCUUUGGCAAGGAUUCUUGGGAUGUGAUUCGAACGGAAAUGAGAAUCGCUCAAAUAUGGCAGCAUUCUGGAAGGGGUGGGAGAUGAGUAUGAUACAAUGA